AUGGAGCUUCACCUUACCCCAGAGAUUUCCACCGAGCUUGGUCCAGGGGACUUGGACGACGACGGGCUUGUCCCUGUUCUACCACCGUUUUCCGACCACAACGAGCUGCUUGAAUCAGAUCCAGCCCGUCGCAGUCAGAUUGAAACCCUCGAACGCGACGGGCUUAUUUAUUUUCAAAAAUACAGCGGCGUUAUCCACAACGAGAAAGGAAAAGUGGAUCCGUGCUCCCAGAACACGGAGAGAAACUGCGGCCCUCCCCGUCCGCUCAUUCUACCAAAUAAGAACCUGUUCAAGGGAGAGGCCUACGAGGAGCAGAUCAACGCAAUCAUGGACCUGCAGUACGUUCUGCUGACGAUGAAGCAGUUCCGAAAGAAUUUUGUCCCGGGGUCUUGCCUCACUGCAGCGCAGAGGGCGCGAAUUGUCAGCAUUGAGCCACUCCGCAGCGCCGUCCCGCGACCUGCGGCUAACCGCGAGAAGAUCAAGGCUGUCGAGCAGGCUGUGGUAGCGAAACCGGGAACACCGUUGGAUGGAACGCCCGCUGUUGGGUCAUCUCGUAUGGGUGGAGGGCGUACCGAGGAGAGUGGUAGUGCCGCGGCCCCCGCAGACAUACGCGAUUCACCGCAUGAGGACGACGACGAUUCCGUCAGCCACGUCGGGGACGCGUUGGGGGAAGAGUUCGGCGGCGGCGGUAGCGUGCAAAAGGGCAAAACGUUGGCGGUCACUGACAGCCCCAAACCCAAGCCCGGUCGGAGAGCUGAGGGCCCGAUGUAUCUAAUUAUUCAUAGAACUUUCAACUCUGUCCUCAGCAUGACCAGCACGAAGGCAAGAUUUUAUGUUACUGCCAACCAUUGCGAGAGCGGCGCUUUCGACAGCAAGCCCGACAUCGCACUGUACCCCGGCGAUGAUGAUCCAGAGGCUCAGAAUGCCUAUCUGCUGCAGCAUAGCGACCUAAAGAAGAACCCCGACGCUGCGCGCUGUGCGUGGGCAUACAUGAUUGCACCCGUCGAGGUCAAAGCGGACGACACCGAAGCAGGCUUCUCCUUCAAGCCUCGUAGCCAACCCCGAGCGAACAAAAGACAGAAGGUGACGAACACUCGAGGUGCGGGGGAGACGCACGAAGAGCCUCAGGCGAAAGCUGGUCCCGGGAAAUGGGACGGCAGACGGACGACAUCUCAGGCCGUAGUGAUCAUUCCCCAGAAGGCCAAGACGGCCGCCGGUGUGCGACAGCCAAGCAGACCUCUGACACGAGCUUCUGCCAAAAGCGAGACCUACGGACGCCAAAACUUGCAGCCCGUCGACGCCGAUAGUGCUGCUCCUGCAGCCGCACCUCUAGAAGAGGCUGUUGAGAUGCCGCCCCCCGCCGCGGCGCAGGAAGAGAAGAUCAUACCCCGCUCGGCAGCCGGGGACUUCCACAACUCGGACAAGGGGAACAAAGCGCGAGCACAGCACGCCAAGUACGCGGCGCAAAUCAUGCACCGUCAGCACCGGCUGCACGUCAUAAGUUUCUACAUCUCGGGCGAGUGGGUUCGCGCUUUCCGCUGGGACCAAGCCGGUUGUGUCAUGACCGAUGCCGUCAACCUCGUCGACGACCCCGACGACUUCUAUGACCUGCUCUACUGCCUCGGAAACAUCCCAGACAAAUGGUCGGGCUACGACGAGACUGUCACCAAGGCGUCUGAGGAGGACAUCCAGCUGCUCAGAUCCUAUACCUCUCGGAACGUCGACCUCAUGAGGGCACGCAGCGAUAUGUUAGAUAACACGCGGUUCUAUCCCAUCUACAAGGUUACAUGUCCUGCGGUUCAUUUUACAAAACCGAAAGAGCGCGAUAACAUAAAACCGAAGGAAGACAAGAAGGGGCCUUCCGAGAGAGCAUUCCUCAUUAGCAAGCUCAUCGCAGGGCAUGGUGUGCCAGUGGGUCGUUGCACACGCGGCUACAUCGCGUUUGAUCUCUGGAAAAAGGACUUCUGCUUCCUGAAGGACCAGUGGCGCUCGAGCGUCCGGCGCAGCGAGCUCGAUGUCUACACGCGUCUACACAAGAACGGCGUGCGGUGUAUAGCAACGCCGAUCGCUGGCGGCGAUGUUUGCGGCAUGCUGCGGAGUCCCCAGUACACGAAGACACAGAGGUACCUGGCGCCGCCGUCGAAGCAACCAGCGCUCAUGCGCAUCCACACACGUAUCGUCGUCGAAGAGGUCGGGAGGCCCCUCGAGACAUACGCAGGCACUGUCCAACUUUUCGAAGCGUGCAUAUAUGCACUGAUAGCUCAUAUGGAGGCCUGGAAUAAGGCAAACAUUCUCCACCGGGACGUCAGUGCGAAUAACAUUAUGAUAAAUGUACGCGACAACGAAGCCUUUUUGAAUGACUGGGAUUUGUGCAAGUACAAAGAAGACUUCGGGAACCGGGCUCGAGAGAAGGCUGGCGUCUCGGGCACUUGGCCUUAUCUAUCUGCCCUUACUUUGACGCAUCCCACUAAGCCACCAGAGGUCGCAGAUGAUCUAGAGUCUUUCAUCUACGUCAUCCUCAUAAUGGCCUACCGUUUCCACCAGCACUUCUGCUCGUCGAGACUCGAUGGCAUGGAGCGCACGCCAAAGAACAUCAGGGGUGCCAACUACGCGAACAAGGGGCUUGCUGAAGAGGUCAGGAGCAUCUUCUACCAGCAGCUGCGCGGUGCCGACGGUCGCUACACCGGCGGCCGGCAAAAGCUAUUGCUUAUCGAGAACGGUAAACCACCGAUCAUCUUACGGAACGAGGACUCAAUUCUGGCACGGUUCCUCAGUGAUGCGUACGCACUCUUGCAGGAACACUAUCGCGCGGUCGACUUCGAGGCGCUCAAGCCGCACUAUGUGAAGCCACCAUUCGAUCCGAAUGAGACGCAGCAGUUUGGGCACCGCGCGGUAUCAUCCAUCGUCCGCAAGUUUUCUGUGAACCUCGACGGCGAUGACGGCGAGCCGCUGCCGGCGGUGCGAGCGCGCGAGCAGGAGCAAAGACCGCAGGCGGCGGAGGUGGCUAAGCCGAGGCGUGUGCUGGACAGUCACAAGGUGCUCUUGAAGCUGUUCGACAAAAUGGUCACCGAGGCUGGCGAUGGUGCUAACGCGUACGGCAAGGACGACUACAUUUUUGAUCAGUUCCUUGGACUGGGCGACGUUGUCGUGCAGGGAACGUCAGAUACCGGGCAGCAGAGGACGACGUCGAGUUCGUUCAAGCGGACUAAUACAUCGUGA